GAGAGAGCGAGAGAGAGAGACAGAGACGCACACACGUAUACACAAACGGAACUUGUUACUGUCGGAGUGUGUGUGUGCUCUUUGCAGGGUUUUUAUUUUUUUUGUGGGGCGCGUUGGACUAGUUUGGACUAAUGAAUGAAGAAAAGAGACAUCGAUACGAACAUUUAAAGUACAUUGUCGUUCAGUCCACUUUGAGUUGAGAAGAAAGGCAUUUACAAGGAAGCGAAAGUCCAAAAUGCGGUUGACACCUUGAAGUGGCAAGUGUUAAAAGUUUUUUUUGAACGCGUUCUGGAUGACGCCGGCACAGAGAGAAAGCUGCCAUGGAAAGCUGUGAAAUCCGACAGUGGACGCAGCCAGCUGGGAUGCAAAGUGCAUCUGAGCCGCGCCGUUUGACACCAUUGAGAAGACAACCAAAGUGACUGCUUGCUUGAGUGUCCACCAUCAUGUCCUUCUCCUCUGCAAGGAAGCUGACUCUGUGCGAGGCCCUGACCUUUGUCCUGCUACUCGUCGCUCCCGCCUGCCUGUCCUCCCUGCAGAACGCUUCCUGGGUUUCUGCAUGGAAUCCUUAUAGUGAAGGCUUGUUGGGCCGUCCUGCACGAACCCGACGCCAGCUGCACUUUAGGAAUGAAUGGGCAAGCUGGAGCGGCUGGUCUGUGUGCUCACGAAGUUGUGGGGCCGGUGCCUCUGUGCGCACACGAACCUGCACCACCAGAAACCCAGCGGGAGGACCAUGUGGAGGUGAUCCGAGACAAUACAAGAUCUGCAACACUGAGGAGUGCCCUCCUGGCUCAAAAGAUUUCCGAGAGAUGCAGUGUGCUGCUUUCAAUGACAGACAGCUGGUGACAGGAAACUCCUUCAGAUGGACUACCUUUCAUGGAGGCUCCAACCCCUGUGAGCUCAGCUGCCUUGCCUUGGAUCAUAACUUCUACUACAACUUUGGACGUGUGCUUGAUGGCACAGCCUGUGACAAAGUACCUGGAGCUGUAUGUGUCAACGGACGCUGUCUGAAGCCUGGCUGUGAUUCCAUCUUGGGUUCAAAGGAGCAAGAGGACGCUUGCAUGGUAUGUGGAGGGAAAAACACCACCUGUCUUCACCACAGGAGUGUUUACCAGAGCAAUGGCCUGGAGGCAGGAGGACCUUUUGGAUACAAUGAAGUAGCCAAGAUACCAGCUGGAGCCACUCACAUCCGAGUCACGGAUAACAGCAGGAAUUAUCUUGCUCUCCAGAAUGGCCGCUCCCAGUUUGUGAUCAAUGGAAACUGGAAGAUCAGCGUCCCGGGCGAGUACAAUAUAGCGGGGACCAAACUUGUAUACCGGCGGUCAGCUGACACCUGGGAGAGCUUUGAGGUCCCGGGGCCUACCCAGGAAGACUUACGUCUAAUGGUUCUUGCCACAGACAGAAACCCAGGGAUUGAGUAUGAGUACUGGUUACCACCAGACAAGUACAACCUUCACCAUGGGAGGAGAAGUCCACUGCGUCAGGCUCACCACAGUCCCAGCUACCUGCCCUGGAAGCAACCCACCAUUACAACCACUAUCGCCACAAUCACCCCUACGCGGCCUCCCCCAGUGAGCACCCGUCCCUACUGGUUUGUAAGGCCACUAAAGCCACCACGGCAGCCUUUCCGCCAUCCCAUUUUGCCUCGCCUAGAACGAGAGGAGAACCACAGAAACCUGCUGCCUCAACCCGUGCCUGGAAGACAUUGUGGGAAAUGCCGGAGGGUUAAGGGUCGUCGAGAACGCAAGAGGCAGUAUUGCCAGAAGGAUUUUAUUUUCCGGGCCAGAGUCUUGGGGAAGCUGUACAGAGGAGAGGAGACACGUUACGACGUCCAGAUCCUUCAUACUUACCGGAACGGCUUCCGCCUUGAGCAUCGUGAGUUCCUUUGGGUCCCCAAUGUGUGUGACUGCCCCAACCUGGAGAAGGGCAAGCAAUAUAUACUGAUGGUGCGCCGACACAUUAACUAUGAGCAUACGCUAAACCGCAUCCUGCUGGAAGAGGACAGCUACGUGGUACCGUACAGACCCAGAGAGGACGAGCUAGUGUGGCAACUGGAGAGGCUGUGCAACAACAGAAGACAUAAACAUCCUGCAGCGAGAACGGACUGACACACAGGAUGUGGUUCAGCUUUUGCUUUUCUGGACAUUCAUCAAUCCAACGCCGGAUGAAUACUAGAGUGUUGUCACUGGAGAGAAAUGACAGCCAGAUGAAACUCUCCACACGAAGAAACCAAAGAGACUCUUGAGUUUAUUUAAAAGCCUGGAUGGUUUACUAUUAUACAGAGCACUUUAGGUGGACACCUGCAGCCACCUGUAAAACAUAUACCAAAGAGCAGUGACUGAAAAAUGCCCAUUUCAUUGCUGUUUUUCUAAAUCUAGUUAAUUUUAUGCACUAUAUUAUUUUUGACAGCAUUAAGAAAAAAAUCCAUCUUUUACCACUUUACAAUAAGGCUAUCAUUAUAACUUGAUUAAUAGGUUUCUAAUGGACGUAUAAACAUUUUGUAAGAUUUUAAUAAGCAUGUCUAAAUAAUCUAUAACAAACUAAUAUCAACAACUUCAUUUGGCAAGUUCAAGCGACUACUCAACUUUAGUGUUCUCUCUUUUGUGACCCUUUGGUCAUGACGAGCAUCCGCCAGUAUUUUAUAGUGAAAUGGAUAUAAUUAACUCACUAUUCAAUCAUAUGUUUUGUAUUCAAGUCUCAAGUGCAGUGCAUCUAUUAGUCCAUCCCAGGGGCGUCACUAGGUUUUAUGGAUAGGGGAGAUGCACAGGAUGGAAGUGAAUGUAGUGCGCAAGCAUAAAAUUGCUGAGAAAUUGCUUUUUUGGACAGAUUUUAACAUAAUACAAUACUAGGUAAAAGUUCAAAGUCACUGUUAGAUUUAUAGUUAUUUGUCUGUUUUUAAAUCCAGUACACAAACACAGCAAGUAUAUUUACAGCAUUUAUUUAUUUAUGAGUGUGUGUGUGUGUGUGUGUGUGUGUCCUGUUCGGCUAUUAGGUCAAGCAGAAUGGUGGAUCUGUAUCCCUUUUAUGCCGGAACAGUUUUACUGUGUCACAGUGGAGUUUUUAAGCUGCAGCUGUGGUUUCUUAGUAUUAUAAUUGAUAUUUAUUGAGAAUCAGAUUCGAUCAGUCGAACAAAACAAGUUUUCAAGAGGGAAGUGAGAAAAGAAGACAACAAAAGCUGAAACACUAACUAUAAACAAGAUGUGAAAAGUAAAUCCUUAUAUAUCUAGAACAAUGACACAUUAGAUAUGAGUGUGGUAUGGGACAUUAGUGCUACACCCUGUGAGGGAAGGACAGGACAAGAUAGAACAGGACAAGGAGAGGAGAGGAAGCAUGCAGGACAAGGGUCGUGAACCCGGCGGAAGUGUGGUGGGAGUGGCUAUGUACAACCCCAAUUCCAAUGAAGUUGGGUCGUUAUGUUAAACAUAAAUAAAAACAGAAUACAAUGAUUUGCAAAUCAUGUUCAACCCAUAUUUAAUUGAAUACACUACAAAGACACUUAGAAUUUUAUGGCUGCAACACAUUCCAAAAAAGCUGGGACAGGUGGCAAAAAAGACAACACCUGUUUGGAACAUCCCACAGGUGAACAGGCUAAUUGAAAACAGGUGGGUGCCAUGAUUGGGUAUAGGAGCUUCCCUGAAUUGCUCAGUCAUUCACAAGCAAAGAUGGGGCAAGGUACACCUCUUUGUGAACAAGAGCGUGAGAAAAUAGUUGAACAGUUUAAGGACAAGGUUCCUCAACGUACAAGUGCAAGGAAUUUAGGGAUUUCAUCAUCUACGGUCCAUAAUAUCAUCAAAAGGUUCAGAGAAUCUGGAGGAAUCACUGCAUGUAAGCGGCAAGGCCGAAAACCAACAUUGAAUGCCUGUGACCUUCAAUCCCUCAGGCGGCACUGCAUCAAAAACGACAUCAAUGUGUAAAGGAUAUCACCACAUGGGCUGAGAAACACUUCAGAAAACCAAUGUCAGUCAAUACAGUUCGGCGCUACAUCCGUAAGUGCAACUUGAAACUCUACUAUGUAAAGCAAAAGCCAUUUAUGAACAACACCCAGAAACGCCGCCGGCUUCUCUGUGCCCGAGCUCAUCGAAGAUGGACCGAUGCAAAGUGUUCUGUGGUCCGACGAGUCCACAUUUCAAAUUGUUUUUGGAAAUUGUGGACGUCGUCUACUCCGGGCCAAAGAGGAAAAGAACCAUCCGGACUGUUAUGGACGCAAAGUUCAAAAGCCAGCAUCUGUGAUGGUAUGGGUUUGUGUUGGUGCCAAUGGCAUGGGUAACUUAAACAUGGGAAAGAAUUCCAUCUACAAAGCUUCAACAAUUAGUGUCCUCAGUUCCCAAACAUUUAUUGAAUGUUGUAAAAAGAAAAGGUGAUGUAGCACAGUGGUAAACAUGACCCUGUCCCAGCUUGGUUGGAAAGUGUUGCAGCCAUAAAAUUCUAAGUUAAUGAUUAUUUCCUAAAAACAAUAAAGUUUAACACUUUGAACAUUAAAUAUCUUGUCUUUGUAGUGUAUUCAAUUAAAUAUAGGUUGAACGUAAUUUACAAAUCAUUGUAUUCUCUUUAGAUUUAUGCUUAACACAACGUCCCAACUACAUUGGAAUUGGGGUUGUAAAUGAUAAACGUCUAUUGGGCCAGUGUGGGAGUGAGAGGAUACCCAAGCAAUUUGCAUAUUCAUGAGUUAUUUGACCCAAUAAGUGAGUGGCCCCACACCCAUCGAAAAAAGUCCCAUGGGUGUGUGUCUGCAGACACAUGAAAGUGAAUUGACACCUUUUCGCAUGGACAAUGACUGACAGAAGUGCCGUGUAAUUGCUGUUGCUGCACCGCGGUGGCUGAGCACCUCACCCAAUCAAUCGAGAGGCAGGCUCGGGACCAGCAGUCCACCCGAGAGCACCCCGGCGGACUGGAUACGUCCCAUACCGAGGGACCCAGCGCAGUCCGCCAGCCCCACCGAGGCACCAGGCUGCUGCAGGGACCCAAUGCCACCCCUCCAGCCCCCCAGCCCCAAGACACCCCCCCAACCCGCAGGGCUCACGAUGCAGGCAGUCCCCGCCCAGGCUGAGGGUGGGACGGUGUUCUUUGUUUGUUGGAAAGGAGGCCGGAUAGGGGCGCCCGACAAGGGAACGAUUAGAAGGGGAACCCAGGGAACAGCCGCGGACGUGGCAAAAAAAUGCAGACGUGUUACAGUGUAUGUAAAACUGCAAAAAAGGUCACUGUGUCGUCACAAAGUCACUCAGUCAGUCCAGCAUUUUCAUUCAUUCAUCUUCGGUACCGCUUUUCCUCACUAGGGUCGCGGGGGUGCUGGAGCCUAUCCCAGCUAUCUCCGGGCGAAAGGCGGGGUACACCCUGAACAGGUCGCCAGCCAAUCGCAGGGCACAUACAAACAAGCAACCAUUCGCACUCACAUUUACACCCCAGCAUUUUCAAUUGACAAAAAAAAAAUGAAAGAAUCAUUCGAGGUGUUAACAAUAUUAUCAAAAUCAAAUUAACAGCUGCUAUCACCAGCUACUUUGUGGGUGGAAGCAUCAAUGAAUGCUGUCUCGUGGCAAAUCUGUCUGUCACUCUGUUUUGACUCAGAUGCUGAAGUUUUUUUUUUGGAUUGACAUUAGUGUAAGACUGAAUUUUUCCCCUUCAAGAUACAUUGAAACAAUUAAUAACUUAUCAAUUUUGAGGCUAAUGACAUGACUUUGACUCGCAACACAAUAACUGCUCCCAGAUACUUUUUAAGUCACAGAUGUUAUAUUUUGGGUGCAUAUGUGACUGAAAUGGUUGAAGAAAAAUAUUACUCAAUUACCUUUAAAGUGCAACCAAACCAAAAAUACCAACACCAAUAAUGUCUUGUAAAUUUGGCACAUCACAGAGAAGAGUCUUGUUAACAAGCCUGACAAUGAAUGAAUGAAUUUAAAAAAUAGCGAAGUUCAUGAAAUCAGGCUUCAAAAUGGCCAAGAAUGGAAACAUUCACCUUGCAGAUACUGUGGGCGUUUCGCUGAGAGCUCUAAACAAUCCUGCCUCUCCUGUCAAUCAAAUACACGUACCACCUUCCAUCUCUUACGGCUCCUUUCCAGGUAACUAGAUAUCACCUUGCUUUCACAGGCUGCAGAAAAGCACCCUCUGAGCCGGCGUAAUGACCAUAAACCAUGCUGCUCCCUCCUUUGACAUUCAGCGGGCAACGUGCUUCUGUGGCUGCUGAAUGGUUUCUCCAUAAGCGGCCAAUGCAGCGCAAUGCUCUCCGGUCCCCAUAUAUAUAUAUAUAUAUAUAUAUAUAUAUAUAUAUAUAUACAUAUACACACACACACACAGUGCCACCAGAAAGUAGUCAUACCCCUUCACGUUUUCCACAUUUAGCUAUGUUAAAGACAGUGCUGCCACAGUUACCUUGAAAAAGAAGUUACUUUGCUGAUUACUUGAUUUCAAAAGUAAAAGAUAAAUUCAGUUGAUUGAACAUCAUUUGGAAUGGCACACACCUGUCUAUAUAAGGUCUCAUAGUUGGCAGUGCAUAUCAGAGGAGAAACCAAGCAAUGAAGUCGAAGGAAUUGUCUGUCAACCUCCGAGACCGGAUUCUUUCAAGGCACAAAUCUGGUGAAGGAUGCAAAAUAAUUUCAGCAGCAUUGAAGGUCACAAAAAGCACUGUGGUCUCAAUUAUUCAGAAAUGGAAGAAGUUUGGAACCACCAGAACCCUUCCUAGAUCUGGCCGUCCGACCAAGUUGAGUAACCAGGGAAGAAGGGCCUGGUUCAGAGAGGUGAACAAGAACCCUAUGGUUACUAAGGCGGAGCUCCAGUGUUCCCUUGCGGAGAUAGGAGAACCAUUCAGAAGGUCAACCAUUGCUAACACACUCAGGCUUUUAUGGUUGAGUGGCCAGACAGAAGACACAUCAAGGCAUAUGGCUGCCCACUUGGAGUUUGCCAAAAUGAUUCUCAGAUAAAAUUGUUUGGUCUGAUGAAACCAAAAUAUAACUUUUUGGCCUGAAUUCCAAGCGUCAUAUCUGGAGAAGAAGAGGCACUUUUCAUCACCUGGCUAACACAAUCCCUACUCUGAAGCAUGCGGGUGGCAGGAUCAUGCUGUGGGGCUGUUUUUCUGCUGCUGCUACUGGCGACUAGUCCGCAUAGAGGGUGAGAUGACAGCUGCCAAAUAUAAAUUCUUCAAGAGAACUUGCUCCAGAUUGCUCUGGAAUUCAGAAUAGGCAACGAAAAUGACCUGAAGCACAGAGACAAGAUGACAAAGGAGUGGCUUCAGGAGCAGCCUGUGAAUGUCUUUGAGUGGCUCAGCCAGAGCCCGGACUUGAAUCCAAUCGAGCAUAUCUGGAAAGACCUAAAAAUGGCUGUCCACCGACGCUGCCCAUCCAAAUUCACUCAGCCUAAGAGGAUCUGCAGAGAAGAAUGGGAGAAAAUGCCCCAAAACAGGUGUGCCAAGCUCAUAGAGACAUACCCAAGAAUACUUGGGUAUGUUAUUGCUGUUAUUGCUGCAAAAGGUGCUUCAACAAAAUAUUAAGCCAAGGAUGUGAAUACCUCUCAUGUUUAAAUGUUUACAUUUUCAAUACAUUUCCACAACUGUCUGAAAACAUGUUUUUACUUUGUCAUUAUUGGAUAUUUUAUGUGCAUUUUUUAAAGUGAAGGGGUGUGAAUAUUUUUUGAUGGUAAUGUAUAUGGUUAAGUCCUGGAUCACAGACUUUGUCACAACACCAGAGAAGAUAGCUGCCGCAUUGUGGCUGUCGCCUUUUAGCAACCACUUUCUCCCGUGGUCUGGCGCCAUCUCGGUGCUGUAAAAUGCAUAAAUCCACGCUGGCUGGCAAAAUCUGCUUCUACUAAACCAGCUCGUUAGCAGGAGGUGACUAGCUGGCUAGAUCUGUUGAAUGAAUUUUGGAUAAAUUUAUCCAAUUCAUUUGCUGUGGUUGCAGUCUGCCAUGAAUAUCCGUGCAGCUCCUCACGGCCAUCGCACACUGUGUUCUGCGGAAAUUAUUGUUUCGAGGAAAGGUACAGCUCCGUGAUGCACGUCAUCGAGUACAACUGGGGCUAAAACUGCGCAGAAAGUCAAAAUUGGAGUAGACGUAAACUAUACAUUGCUCACAUUUUCAUAAUAGCCACACUUCAACUGUGAGAGACAAAAGGUGGGAAAAAAAUCCAGGAAAUCACAUUAGAUGAUUUUUAAAUAAUGUAUUUGUAUAUUCUUACUAAAAAUAAAUAUUUAGACACAGCAUGAAUUCUGCCUCUUACAGACCUAUUACUUCAUCUUUAAGAAGCUCUUCUAUCUACCUGUAUUAAUGGCACCUGUUUUAACACCAUAUCUAUAUAAAAGAUACCUGUCCACACCCUCAAACAGUCAGACUCCAACCUCUCGAUCAUGGCCAAGACCAGAGAGCUGUCUCAGGACACCAGGGACAAAAUUGGAAACCUGCUCAAGGCUGGGGCUACUCUACAAUAGACAAGUAUCGUGGUGAGAAGAGACCCACUAAAUUGGAGGAAAUACAAGAUGACUGAUAAUCUUUCUCAACCUAGGUCUCCAUGCAAGAUCUCACCCCAUGGGCUAUCAAUGAUCUUGAGAAUGGUGAGGGAUUAGCCUAAAGCUACACAGGGGGACCUGUUCAAUGACCUGAAGACAGCUGGGACCACAAUCACAAAGGUUACCAUUAGUAACGCACUACGUCAUCAUGGAUUAAAAUCCCGUAGCGCCCAAAAGGUCCCCAUGCUUAAGACAGCACAUGUCCAGGCCCGUCUAAAGUUUGCCAGUAACCAUCGAGAUGAUCCAGAGUAGGAUUGGUAGAAUGGCAUGUGGUCAGAUGAGGCCAAAAUAAAACCUUUUGGUAUAAACUCCACUCGCCGUCUUUGGAGGAAGAAGAAUGAUGAGUGGCAUCCCAAGAAUACCAUACCCACUGCGAAGCAUGGGGGUGGAAACAUCAUGCGUUAGCGCUGCUUUUCUCCAAAGGGAACAGGGCGACUGAUCCAUAUUAAGAAGAGGAUGAAUGGAGCCAUGUAUCUUGAUAUUUUGAGUGAAAACCACCUUCUCUCAGUAAGAGCAUUGAAGAUGGAACGCGGCUGGGUCUUCCAGCAUGACAAUGACCUCAAACACACAGCCGUGUAACUAAAGAGGGGCCCCAUGAGAAGUAUUUCAAGGUCCUGUAGUGGACUAGCCUGUCUCCAGACCUCAACCCAAUAUAAAACCUGUGGAAGGCGUUCAAAGUCCGUGUUGGCCAGCGACAGACCCAAAACAUAACGGAUCGAGAGAAGAUCUGCAUGGGAAAAUGGGCGAAAAUACACUAUAUUGCCAAAAUUAUUUGCUCACCUGCUUUGCCUUACAUAUGAUUUUCAGUGAUAUCCCAUUCUAAAUCCAUAUGGUUUAAGAUUAUGUUGUUCUACCCUUUGCAUCUUUUACAGCUUCAACUCUUCUGGGAUUGCUUUCAACAAGGUUUCGGAGUGAGUUCAUGGGAACUUUUGCCCAUUCUUCGAGGAGCACACUGAUGUUGGAUGAGAAGGCCUUGCUAACUGUCCACUCAAAAUAAACCCAAAGGUGUUCUUUCGGGUUGAGGACAGGACUCUGUGCAGGCCAGUUAAAUUCAUCCAUACCAAAUUCUCUCAUUCAUGCCUUUAUGGACCUAGCUUUGUGCACUGGUGCACAGACAUGUUGGAACAGGAAGGGGUAACCCCUAAUCUGUGCAUCAGUGCACAAAUUAAGGUUCAUAAAGACAUCGAUGAGAAAGUUUGAUGUGAAUGAAAUUGACUCGCCUGCACAAUCCUGACCUCAACCCUACAGAACACUUUUGGAUUAAAUAGACCGGAGACUGAGAGCCAGGCCUUCUCGUCCAACAUGGGCGUGUAACCUCACAAAUGCACUUCUGGAAAAAUGGUCAUAAAUUCCCAGAAACACACUCCUAAACCUUGUGGAAAACCUUACCAGGAGAGUUUAAGAUGUUAUAACUGCAGAGGGUGUGCCAAUGUCAUUUUAAACCCUAUGGAUUAAGAUUAGGAUGUCACUUUCUUCAUAUGAGAGUCCAGGCAGGUGAGCAAAUAAUUUUCGCAAUAUAGUGUACCUGCUGCAGUGUGUGAAAACCUGGUCAAGAAUUACAGGUAAUGUUUGACCUUGGUAAUUGCAAACAAAUGUUUCAUUACAAAGUAUUGAGUUAAACUUUUUGAUUGUUCGAAAAUUUAUAUCCCAAAAAAUAUACAAAUAAAUUAUUUAAAAAUCAUACAAUCUGAUUUUCUGGAUUCUUUUCUCUCACAGUUGAAGUGUACCGAUGAUGAAAAUCAGAGACCUCUCUCGUCUUUUAAGUAGGACAACUUGGACAAUUGGCGCUUCGAGGUCAUAUCUGGAAAAAUGUCAUAUUUGAGACUGGAAGAAUGGCUCAUGACCAGAGAGAGCCAAUCACAAGCAUCGGUUAUAGAAGAAGGAGGAGAUAUUGAAACUUGCAGCUAGUUUUCAAAGGAUACACGUCUGGAAACAACGAGUCCCUGCAACUUAUCAUCGCGGAAUACAGAUACUACGCUGUAUCAUGGUUCUUCGCUGUCCCGCUAUAGUGUUGAUUUUUAUUACAGUUGUUACUCUAUUUUUUAUACUGUUUGUACAGUAUUUUGUGUUAUCCAUUGAUCUCUCUCGCAAUAUAUUAUCAGUGUUUAGUUUUUAAUAAUUUUUUUUAGGACGCUAUAUUUUCUCCAAAACUAUAACGACAAACAACAGUAUCGUUGAUGUUUUAUUAUAUUAGAGCAUAAUAAUGCAAGUACAUCCUUUUUAAAAACAAUUAAUUUAAAGAAUAUAUUUAACAUUGACUUUGUAAUGUAGAACCAAAAAAAAACUUGCAUAAAUAAAAAAUAUUAAUAAAACACUCACAAAAAUGUUCACAAAAAAUGCACUUGAAAAAAUAUUGCACAGAUUAAUGCCUUAACAGGCAAUAUACUGCCAAUCAGGUUUCCAGGUGGUUCAGACAAAGUGCAAAGUAUUGCAACAUUAAUAACAGCACAGCAAGUAGAUCAAAGCAACCUGAUUUGAUGGAAGAUUUGUACUACUUUUCAAAAGUCUGCAGCCUUUCUUUAAAGACUGCUUUGUCAACAUGUUCAAUGGCUACAUCGCUACAAUAGUGAGUAUGCUAUACUGUAUAUAAUGUGAGCAUACGUGCACCAUAUACGCUGUCACGUUUGUAUUUGCAUUGUUGGGCAAAAGGUUCCAUAAUUGCAAGCUGAUGGGAAACAACAAAUGUCCCACUAUAUUUUUUGUUCUCAUCUGAAGAAAUUAGGUGGGACGGUCAUGUUUAAAAUGGAUUAUGUCACUCUGAGGUUUUAAGUUGUGCGGUCUUUGUUGCGACUUCAUACAAAUUCGACGUACCAGCUCGUUGGUGUUAGCGGGAUGGCUGUGCUCAUCUGACUUGAAUCCAAAAUGUUCCCACAUCGACGCGGUGGUGUUAGGCUUUGGAACUAAUUCCAUUUAUGCCGCUGUCAUGGGUGUGUGUUCCGGUUUUUGUCUUCCCCCUGUUUCAUACACACCUGCUCCUGAGAGCAUCUUCACCACCUGUGCCUCGUUCACUCUAAUUACUGCUUGCGUUUAACCUCGUGUCUCAUUCUUUCUCGUCUCCAGUUCGUUGUACCUUGUCGUCGCGUUCCAGCAUUCCUUGUUUCCACAGUAAUACUAAACCCUGUUCCGAUUAUCGACCUCGCCUUUUUGUCUCAUGUUUUUGGAUACUGUUGCCUUUUUUGGAUUGCCUGCCAGUGUACCGACCUCUGCCCGUAUAUUAAACAUCUCUUUUUUUAAACUGUC